AUGAAGAGGUUGAAGCUCCUGAGAUGGAGCGGCACUGUACUCUCACCCCGAACGAGACCGGAACUCCUUCAAUGUCAGCCUCGAUUUCAUCGGCGGUUCCAGGCGACCGCUGCUGCUCCCUCAGAUCCCGAAGAUGAAUCCCUGCAUCAGGUCACAGAUGGACCGUAUCUCUCGGAAGAAGAACUCAUGAAGUUGCCUUCGCCUCCAGUCGCCGCAGCUAGGACGUCCGCCAAACUAGCUGCCUUGCAUGCCCGACUCGCCUUACCCUCUCGUUUUCCCCUCGAAACUUUGGCACGAACCCUCGUUGACGACUCGGCGGAUCGCUUCAGCCGGUUCAACAACAGAGCAUUUGCUCUGCUUGGGAAUGACCUGCUGGGCUUAUACACAUCUGAGUACAUUAUCAGUCAAUACCCCAGGUUACCACUCGAGGUACUCUACGCGGCAAUGUACGCAUAUCAUGGCCCGGCGACGUUGACACAGAUGACGAGAGAAUGGGGCGUUGAAGCAGCCGCGGAACCUGGUGGGGAGGUCGACCCGGGGUUAUUGCAAUUCAAGAGGAUGCCGCCGGAACAACCUCUAGCAGAUGGGGAUACAGGGUCAAGCGGCAGUAAUAACGAACCGAGAGCGAAAUGGACGCGAAGUUUAAGUGCCAGAACGGUGCACAACGAUCAGUUUGGUGAAUACCCGGAACGUCCAAGUUCGCCGGAAGAUUUGGCCUCGAAAGGCGUCACCCUACAACGAGCCAGUACGAAUUUUGUGAGAGCAGUAAUGGGCGCAGUAUACUUGCACGCUGGAAGAGCAGCCGCAAAGAAAUUUUACAGCGACCACUUCAUGUCUCGGCAAUUGGACAUGUCGAGCCUGUUCCAGUUUAAGUACCCAACCAGAGACCUGAGCCGAUUAUGUGGAAGAGAAGGAUUCCAGGCACCCGUGGCAAAGAUUCUGAGCGAAACUGGGCGGAAGAGCAGGACACCGGUGUUCGUGGUGGGAAUAUAUUCAGGCAGUGACCUGUUGGGAGAAGGCGCAGGAGCCAGCUUGGACGAAGCCAGAACACGAGCGGCCGUGGCUGCACUCAAGGGUUGGUAUCUCUACAGCCCCACCGAGUUUCGAUUGCCCAGCGAAAUGGAAGAGCCUGGGGCCAAACCGUGGACCCCGAUUCUGGUGGAUGCCGGCGAAGUGGUCGGCUAA